AUGGUUCAACUUUUACCUGCCCAGGAAGCAGCCAGGAUUUAUCACACCAACUAUGUGAGAAAUGCUCGUGCUAUUGGUGUCUUGUGGGCUGUGUUUACUAUAUGCUACUCCAUCAUCAUGAUGGAAAUCUUUAUACAGCCUUACUGGAUUGGUGACAGUAUUAACACCCCUCAAGCAGGUUAUUUUGGAUUGUUCAGCUACUGUAUUGGAAAUGCCCUGACAUCAGAACUUAUCUGCAAGGGCAGCGCACUUGACUUUGCAAGCAUCCCCUCGGGGGCCUUCAAGACAGCCAUGUUUUUUGUUGGUAUCUCCAUGUUCCUGAUCUUAGGCUCCAUGCUCUGCUUCAGUCUAUUUUUUUUCUGCAACUCUGCCACCGUAUACAAGGUCUGUGCGUGGAUGCAGCUGGCUGCAGCAGGUGGCCUGAUGAUCGGGUGCCUAAUUUACCCUGAUGGCUGGGAUUCUGUUGAGGUCAAGCGCAUGUGUGGAGAUAAGACAGAUAAAUACUCUAUUGGGUAUUGCACUAUUCGCUGGGCCUACAUCCUUGCUAUCAUAGCCAUAAUGGAUGCCCUUAUUCUUUCUUUUCUUGCAUUUGUGCUGGGGAACCGGCAAGAUAGUCUUCUGCCUGAGGACUUUAAAAUACAGAACAAAGAGAACAGUAGACAUCCAGGGAUACAAUUAGAGUAG